UCUCUUUGUGGGCGCAACCGAUUCUGCCGUUCCCUGCGCUAUGAUCUUACAUAUUGUCCAUACUUUGGAUCAGCCGCUCAAAGCGCACAGACUUUUGUCUUCAAGUGAUACAACACUUCAAUUGAUAUUCUUCGACGGCGAGGAAGCGUUUGUCAAUUGGAGUGAAGAAGACUCGCUGUACGGGUCCAGACAUUUAGCGCACACUUGGAAUCGUAAAAAAUUUCUGACAACCGAUGAGGAGAUCAGCCAAUGCGGGCACAUGUCGGACAUGACGUCAGAAAUUGAUCGCAUGGAAGCGAUGAUAUUACUGGAUCUGUUGGGCACAAAGAAUCCUAACUUUUAUAGCCAUUUCUCAGACACUCAUUCGCUGUACUCAAGAAUUGUGAGAAUAGAGCAAAAGCUGAAUAAAUUAAAUCUAAUGGAAUCGAAGACACAGUACUUCCACAACACGAAGUCGUGGUUCGGUGGCAUCGAAGACGAUCACAUCCCGUUCCUCAACAAAGGGGUUCCCAUUCUUCACGUGAUUCCCACACCGUUUCCCGACGUCUGGCAUAAAGACACGGAUAAUCGCCAGAGUCUACACCACCCGACUAUUCAUAAUUUAUUGAAAAUUUUUAAAUUAUUUGUUGUCCAAUAUUUGCAUUUAAAUGUCAUUUAA